UUAUAGUAAGCAAGAGCAGGUUGACAUUACAUCAUUAAGAGUCGUUAUAUAAAAAUGACUUUCCAAACUGUCACCUGUAAGUGUUACCAAAAUCAAUAAUCAAAGAAAUAGCUUAGUUUCAACAAAAGGAAAAAUGUCUAUGUUGGAAAAUUGAUGAUUAAAUCAUCGGACUAAGCAUUUAGAUUUAAAUACCAACUUGGUUUUGAGGCAAUUUUGUAAUCCACUUUAACUUGAGGUAACUUAAAAAUGUUUACACUUCAUGCUUAUGUAUAUAUUACAUAAACUGACAAUCAUUUCAAAGAUAGAUGGUAUCACCCUAAUGUACCAUCAUUUGGUGAAAUGAUUAGGUAAUGGUCUACAAAUGCGUGACUUUUGUAAGAAGCUAAAUGUGUGACUUUCGUAAGAAGCUGAAUCUUCUUGUUCCAGUAUUGAGCCAAUGUUCAUGACUUGACUCCAGUAAUAAAAAUGCAACUGGCAGAGCAGUGGAGUGGUAUGUCCCACGUCCCACAUACUGAUGGCUAACACAAAAAGAAGUUUGACUUAAGUUCAAUAUAGCUUAUUCUGAUUGGGUACAUGUAUAUCGUACUGUAAAGAAUUAUACUACCCAACAUUUUUAUGGAAUAUUUAAUGAGGAUUGAAGUGGUGUAUUUACUCUUAAGUUUUUAGCAUUAAUUAUUAAUACGGAUUUGCAAGCACCUCGUACAUAAACUAAAGUUGUAUAAUGCCGCAUAAAUAUAAGUAAGUUUUUUGCUUUCAAAUGUAAAUAACCAUACAAUUAAAUACACAAGUAUUGGUAAAGAGAUCGUAAGUCAGUAACCAAGUAAAUUGAUGUAUAGCACCUGGGUCAACUUUUGUUCAUUCAGUCAAAAAGUUGCGUAACUUGUAGGAAGGUUAUGAAGAGUGCAUUCAAAUGUAAACAAUAUAAUUGUUGCUUUAAUAACAAUCUGAUAAAAGCCAGAUUUCAAGUUAUAGUAUUUAGACUGAAUUCAACCUGCAGGAACAUUUUCAGUUACAAAGCAGAGUCUCAUCUUUGUGGACAAACAACCUGUAGAAAUGAAACUUUAUGAAGAAGUUGCUGGCUUUUGUAGCCUACAAUGUUUAUGCAAAUAAAUAUGCAUUGCAUACUUUAGUAAUUAAUAGAUGCAUUUUGUGGUGAAGGGUCAAGUACAGUAACUAAUUUUGACUGUCUGUCAGAUAUUUUAAUGCUUUAUAUCAAAACUGCUUGUUCAUACUUAAUGGUGAUGGGCUAUACAUGUUGGAGUUAUUGUAAUUAAUUUUAUUUGUUUAUUUGUUUCAAUAAUGAUUAUAACUAUAACCUUAUUCUAUUAUCGCUUUUUAUCAAAUCGAUACAAAGCGCUUAUUAAGAAUUACAAAAGCAACCAAACAAAAGGGGUACAAAAACUACCAGUUUUUACAAACAAUAACAAUGCAAUGUGUUUGAAUAACAAUCUGAUAAGAACAAUCUUAAGACUGAAACUGUUUGUGUGCAAAGACGGUCUUACUUAUUAACCACAAUUAUUGUCUACUUUUUAGUUGCAGUGAAAUAGGAACAGUUAAACUAAAGGCUUGUUAUUGUGAGCUUUGAACAGGACCCCCAAGUGUAUGAAUUGAAAUCUUCUCCAAACCAAUGGUGUAAAAUAUGUUGUUGUUAUUGUAGUCAAUUGAAUGCCAAUACUUGAUCAAAGUUACUUUACUUCCUCAUUUAGGAAGAAGUUUCACGCAUGCUAGAUAGAGCUUAAGUUUGAACUAUACGCAGAAACAAUUUUACCCCUGAAAAUUGUAUACUAAAAAGGCGUUCAAAGAUUGAUAAAGAUGAAAUGACUGCUGAGUUUAAGAAAAUAAAAUAUCAAGGUCUUUGGCAAAUAUAUUUCAGUUUCCUUGGUUGUUCAUUCAGGCUCAACUUUGUUGAGCCCUCCCAUAAAAAAUACUCUACACGAUUUUUUGAAAAAUAAAAAGCUAACGAUAUAAGCCUAGAAUGCUGAAUUAAUCUUUUCAAAAUUAAAUUCAAUAGUAAAUUUGACACUGAACAAAGUUUGUAUUUUUAUAAGAAUAUAUAAGAAUGACAAUGAAUAAUAGUGUGUUAUCAAAGCCCUAAAUAUUUGUUCAGCAACAUGGUACUUUUUAUUAUGAGGGUCAUUGUGUUGUUUACAUUGAAUGAGAAAAUGUCAACGCUCUAAAGUGUGGUGGCGCUAUACAGCCAAGGUCAAUGCUACUGUACAACUCUACACUAGUCUGGUUCCAUGACCAAAGAUUCCUUGACGUCUCUUGUUAAAUUCGACAGAGCCUAUUUGGAGAUUUUUGGGUCUGGGAACCAGACUAACUCUACAAUGGGGAAAUACCCAGCACAGUGCAAUAACAACCAGGGCUGAUACAUGGUGCUACAUGUCCAAGACUCCUUCUUCCUAUGUACAUGUAUGGAUGUUUUUUUUUUAUGCAAUAAACCAACUAGAAGUCGACAACAAUGAACUCAUGAUAAUUCAUCUGGAUAUCUGUAUUAACUGACCCAUUUAAAAAUAUUAUACCAGAAAUAAACAUGGACGUUCAGCGUGGACAUUGCUGGCGUUGUGAAGUUCAACUGGAACAGACCAUUCACUGUCCUGAUUGCAAGAUGGCGGAGUAUUGUAGCUCAACAUGUGAACACAGAGACAGAGUUAGACAUAGGAGUAGAGAGUGUCCGUUAUUUGGAACAAGAUCAUGCAACAAAUGCAAUAAGAAGGGUACAAUGAAAGAGUGUGCAGGUUGCAACAUAGCAUGGUACUGUAACAGAGAGUGUCAAAGUAGUGAUUGGGUCAACCAUAAAGCUUUUUGCAUCAAGGCCAAGGAAGACAUCAAAUCAACAGCAGCUCAAAUUGGACUAUUAAACUUCAGAAUGCAAAAAGACAGACAGGGUGGUUCCCCUUAUUAUUUGGGAAACACUAUUGCCAAAGACUUCUUGCAACUUGAUAACAAUGAAUGGUCUGAUGGGUCAAUAAAGAAAACUGACUUGAACAGGGACUAUCAUAUUUUGUCAGCUGGUUGCGGAGACUUACGCAACACGGUCUUGACAGCAGCUUCCCUUCCUGCCAGGUACCAGGGAAGUCUUUACAUCACUCUCAAUGACUUUGACCCUUUUGUCAUGGCAAGGAAUGUCUUGUUUCUCUUUAUGUUGGUUCGGUUUGCAGACACUGAGGGAAUUGAGAGCAGUCUGACUACCAUCUGGUACUCAGUUCACAUUACAAAGAAAGAGUAUGACUUGAUCAAGACCAGCUUGGAUGAGCUCAUUCAGAUGACCCCUCAAAGUCUCACAGAGGUCACUCAAGGGUUGGUCAAAGUUCAAGGUGAAGAUCUUGCAGACAUGAGUCAAGUUUGGGACAAAUGGAGAUCCUUAGAAUGCCAACGAAAGAUACAACCCUCAAUAAAUCUCAGAAAACAAAGAAAAACUGUGUUUGAGAAAUUUAAACAGCAGCAUGGGGAGGGCGUUAAAUAUUGUUAUACCAAUUAUUUACAGUCAUCUGAUGUUAAAAAGCAAACUGAAGAAUGGUUUGACCAUGGUCUGUUCCUCCUCACUGAGAGAAAACAAGGGACAAUGUCAUUUGAUAACCCAACACUAACGGGACGUGGAGCUUCAGCAGCUCCAGGUUAUGAAACGCUAGUUAGGGAUUGGAAUGCACCAAAGGCAAGCCCAAAAGAUUUUGCCUUUGAGUACUGCAUCAGACCAGAUUCACAUCCUUUCAAAGUGUGGGAUUGCUUGAGAGUGAGGGAGUCCGAGACCAGACCCUACCCAACCCAUAUGGUGAUGUACCACAACUACAUCACAAACCUGAUACAGAAAGUCAAACAUCUAAUUCAGCAGAGAAGACUUUACAUCCAAGUUUCUCUGGCCAAUUCUAUGGACUUUCCUUCAAUUCAUAAGUCUCUUAAGAUGUCCAACUAUGACCGCAUCUUCACAUCCAAUAUUGCUGACUAUAUUGGUUUUAAGAAGCUUCUACAAAUAUUUAAACCCCUUCCUCAACUGAGAAACGGUUCCGCCGUACUUGUUACUGAGACAAUAAACUGGAUUGAAUUUUUACCUCAGGCUGUCUGUAAACCUGGGACCAAAGAAUUUUCACAAUGCUUUGUAGGAUAUUGUCAGGAUACGGGCAGAGAUGUUGCCAACCUUAAGCGUAAGUUUGAUAUUGGACCUCAAGUCUACCUAGAAUACUUUGAUAAUGCCCCUUACUUUAUUGCAUAUCUGCGUGCACAAAUCAUGGCAGGGGGUGUUGGGGUACAGCCAUUGACUAAUGUGCCAUCAUUUGGUGAAGUGAUGAAAUACAAUGGUCUAGAAAUGCGUGACUUUCAUAAGAAACUGAAUAAUCUUGUUUCAUUUCAGUAUAGAAGCAACAAUCGUGAUAUGACUCUGAUAAGUGCAACUAACAGAGCAGUGGAGUGGUAUAUACCACAUACUGAUGGCUAAAUCAUAUGCAAUUAUCAAGAACCAGCCGUCGAUUUCACCAAACUCUUCCUAACUUAGGAUUAAUCUUAGGACUUAGGAUGA